AAAUACCACAAACAAAACCGAUGGAACCCCGCGGGCAGGUACGAGGCGCCGCCACAGCGCCCCCUGACGGUCAGAAGCAAAAGUGCGCCCCACACUGACGGCUUCGGUUCACCUUGUUUCAACUUGACGCUCGAAUUAGUUUCUGUUGUCGAACUGUUGGCGUAUAAGCCUCAACCUACACACAAUGCUGAAAAUAUCAAUUGUGAAGGUUGAGAGCCCAUCCUGCCUUUGGGGAUGCCUCACAGGGAGUCAGAGAGAGGACUCCACAGAACAGCACAACAAGCUGCUGGCCGAGAUGAAUCUGUUCUACCAGGACGUCACUGCGGACCCGCACAAGCUGAAGCCCAGCACAAUAGAGGAGGGAGAGGUGUGUGUGGUGUACUGGUCAGUGAAGAAGCUGUGGUGUCGGGCUGUAGUGGACACUGUCAUCACGGAGCCGCCCUGUAAAGUUUGCUGCCUCCUUGUAGACCACGGAGAACGACUUGUUGUCUCCUUGAACCAGAUCCGACUUGUUGCGGAGAAGUUCCUCCAGCUGCCGUUCUUGGUGAGGAGGUUCCACCUGGCACGAGUCCAACCAUUAACCCUGCGUGUGUUCAUAUGUGAAGAGAAGGCGGAGUUCAUCCCAUCCACUCAGUGGGACACUGCUGCUACGCUCUACCUGCACAGGCUGCUACAAGCUUCCACCCAGACAGAGGCUGUGCUGCUUGAAUCAGAGUCCGAGUCCACCUCAAUCGAGCUCUACCUGACUGUUGGGACAGUUAUGAUCUGUGUGAACGAUGACCUGGUGGCCAAGAGCUUUGCUUAUUAUAGCAGCCAGUCAGUGGAUGUCACCAAGCGGAACGCGGUGGAGCCAUUUUCCCACACGUCUGCAAGCAUCUUAACUGAGAGUCUACCUACAAUGUCUUACAAGCAAACGACACCGACCGAGACACCUCCUGUGAUGUCAUCAGGCCAUGCUGCUGUGGAGAGUGUAAAAUGUGGAGCUGCAGGUUUUCUUGGAAAUAGUCAAGUUGAAGAUCUGGCAGAUGAAGAAACAAGCGAGUCGGCAGAGUCAGGAUCAGGAGAGGCAGAGGAGACCCAGAGGACUGAAGAGAAGCAGGCCUGUUCACGGCUUUUGGAAUGGUUGAAUCCUGGGCCUCUCCACACUGAGCCAGACUCUGCAGAUGAAACCAUUGUAUGUGAUGAUCCCAGGAAAAGCGGGAUUCUGGUGCACUCUGCCCUCCCAUUGGCUCCCUGCAGCAGCCUGGACGAUGCCCCCAUCACUCAGGAGCUUCGCCAGGUACUGCGGAGGAACAGCGCUCUGUCUCCCGCCGAGCGUUACAGCUGGCCAGCUGUGGCUCGAGGAUGCAACACUGUGGUCAUCUCUCACACCGCUGACCAGCCGCUCAGCUACCUGGCCCCGCUCCUCACACACAUCCUGCUUAACUCCAUCUCCUGCUCUGUUAAAUCCAGCACUGGGCCUGUAGCUGUGCUGCUCUGCCCAGGCUGGGAGAAGGCCCAGUUAGUGUGUGACCUGCUGGAGGAAUACAAGGUGGCACAGAUUCUGAAUCCUAUCAUCGUGCUGCUGGGUGUCGGUAAAGAAGAGGCCAAGAAUGUCAGGAUCUCCAAAAGCUGCCUGCUGCUAGUGACCACGCCCUACAGCUUGGUGCGGCUGCUGUCCUGUUACUGCUUUUUGUUUCUGCGCUUGUACCACUUGGUGUUGGAUGAAGCUGACCAGCUCUUUUCUCUUGCUCCAGAUCAGAUGGAAACUAUCCUGCAGCAUUUCCAGAAGGUGACUUCCCAGGAGGAGAGCGCCUCCUGUCCCCAGCAGAUCGUUGUUGUGGCAAAGCAGUGGGUCAGUCGCAUGGAGGCUUUGUUGGCCAACCACAUGCCGUACCCUCACAUUGUCAUGACCGUCCCGAAUGAAGCUGCUCUCUAUGGGAACGUUCAGCAGAUUAUCCUCAUGGCUCUAGAAAGUAGUAAGAUGUCAGUACUACUGGGGGCAUUAGAUUUAACUCCAGAGGUCGGCCAGAAGACUCUGAUUGUAGCCAACUCUGCCCAAGAGGUUGACGACGUGUACAAGGCUGUUAGCAAUAAAUCUGCUUUCUGCCUGAGGACCCACGAAGGGCUAACACAGCAGUUAGACUUUGUCAUCCAACAGUGGAGGAAAGACAUCAGCCCUGGAACUCACGUUGUUCUGGUGACGACCAGUGACUGCCUGGACUGUCUUGGGAUCAGAGAUGCAACUUGUGUCAUUCACUUCAGCUUCCCCACUUCUCCCAAACAGUUUGGCAGGCGCCUUUUUUGCAUGACUGAAACCUUCAGGAACCUCUCAGAACGAGUUUCCUGUCAGGGUCCAGUGGAGAGCGGUCCUCCCCACGGCAAGUCAGUGCUUCUGAUCUCGGAGAGGAAUGCCCGUCAUGUUGUUGGGGUCUUGCGCUACCUGGGACGAUCCACUGCCCGGCUGCCCCCUGAGCUGGUGUCCUUUGCCCAGGGCAUCCACGUGGCCCGGGAGGCCCAGAAGACCAACAAGCCUCUCUGCAGCUAUCUUAAAAGCUUUGGUGUCUGCAGAGACAGCAGUUUGUGCCCCGACCGUCACACCUUCAUUUCCCAGCUGGAUCAGUCUCCACUUCCUGCCUCUGGAGUCAUAGAGGUUGUCCCACUCUACAUUAAAGCAGCGUCAGUCUUCUACGGUCGUAUCAUCAGGAAAGAUGACGUUUUUGACAGCUUGGUCUCUGAGAUGGCGUCCUACUAUGAUCAGAAGAAGCCAACAGCCAAGGAGAUGCUGGAGGGAGGCCUGUAUGCCGUGCAUGAGGGCGACGCCUUCCACAGGGUAAAGAUCCUGUCGCUGCCAGACAGACGAGACCACCUCUUCUACAGCGUCUUGGUUCACUUCAUCGACGCAGGAAUGGAGGAGAUGGUUAAAUCUCAUCAGAUUCUUCAUUUGCCAGAGCAGUUCCAUUCUCUGCCCGGCCAAGCUGUGGAGAUCAUCGUCUGCCAGGUCAAGCCUGCUGAUGCAGAAAUCAACUGGCACCCAAAGGCCACCAGAACCAUCAGCCAAAAGAUCCGAGGUCUGCAGCAUCGGGCCAGAGCAGUGCUCAGUUUGGGAAACACUGUUUUUGUUGAUCCCAUGGUGCGUGUGAGUCAGGUGCCAGGUUUGAAAACUGUGAUCAAUGAACACAAUGUCCAGUCUGAGAUCCUGAAAACGGGUUUGGGAGUCAGCAACCCAGAGCACGUGGACUUCCUGAGGGCGCUGUGCCAGGGGGGCAGGUCCAAUAGCAGUAAGGUGGCAACAGAUGGUUGUGGUAGGUCAGGAGAUGGUCCGGAGUUCAGUAUCAAAGGUGAGGAGGAGGAACUGGCCAAGUCCUUCAGGACAGCUGAGGUCAGGCUCACUGCACCCCACGAGCUCCGACCACGUAAGUCACUGAUCCCAGAAUCACCAGAACCCAGACUUCACCUGAAAGCUGAGCCAGAUGUGCAGAACACAAGAGAAAUAAAUGUGACAGACGUUUGUUCCGUGACCGCUUCACUCAAGCCCUCUCAAAAUGGAGAGGAUCCAAUCACGAGCUGCCAGGUGAUUGAAAGCACUAAUGGAACCAGCAAUGGCAAUGCCACCAGAAGUUUCCAUCCUCAGGUCCGCUGGUACCAGACGUCCAACGCUGUGUUUGCAACGGUGAAGCUGACGAAUCCGGAGAAACAGCGCUGUGACUUCUACCCUGACAGAGUGGUCUACAGGGGAAGCGUGAAGGGUCGGUCCUACAGAGCAGACCUUGAUCUUCAGAGCAACAUCGCUGCCGACCACUGCUUUUUGGAAAUGAAGUCUAAUGAGCCAGUCCUCAAACUGGUGAAGCAGAAGCAGGGGAACUGGGAAAAACUGGUCAGGAACAAGAAUGUUUUUGUCAGUUAUGACAUGGAGCAUUUUGAAGAUGAUGAAGACAGAGCCUUGGGUGGUCAGUGUUUUUUGGAGGAUACAGGAGAUGAUAACUGGUACACAAACUCAGAGAGCAACAGUGACAGCGACUGAAGGUUAAAACGCCUCCUUUGUCGCCUCAAAGUCUCAGUAGCAGAUUUGUUUAGGUGCUGUGACCAUCGAACUCCUUGAUUUAGUUCUACUUGAAGCAACAGUCAUGUUUCACCAAUAAAGGCAAGAUUACAUCAUACAUUACAUUAGAACAGUUGCAUGGGGAGGGAUCCAAAAUGGGGGGAGUGGCUUUGGCCCAGACCUGUCAAACCUGAUGGAAGGUGGGGUCUUAAUUAAGUGUUGGGUCCAGUUCUGCUUUGCUUUCAUACGUUUAGUUCUUGUGGGCCGCAUGCACCAUUGAAAUUCAAUGGACGUCUAAUCAACAAUAAGGAAUAAUUCCAAGCAAACAGUGAGAUGGUUGGUGGAAACGGCCUCCCCCAGACUCAUAGUUCACUCCCUGUUCAGAGAGAGAGUCUGAUUCUUAAAGAGGAUCUAGGAACUGUGCUUUCAAGAGCUGUUAAACCUUCUUUAUUUCUUGAGUUUUUGUUAAUGAUUAAAUACUAUGAACCAUACUAAAACUUGAUUGAAGUGCUGAGUGGAUGUUCAGACCUGUGUUGGUGUAAAUCUGUAGAGUUCUAAACUAUUUGGUUGAAGAAAAAUUUUUUUGGUUGAAGAAAAAUUUAAUUCAUGUCAUUAUUAUGGAAAUCUAUUACUGAUCACUGCUUAGAGGCUGCGUAGAAGUGAUGUAUUAUUCAGCAUUUACUACUAAUAUAAAGUGAGUUGACCUUGGUUAGAUCUGUGUGUUCUUCAGUUAAUAAAAGCAUGAGGAGUGGGAGCUCCUCGAUUUUACUCAA